CAGUGGAGACCAGUCGAACUGACUGAGAAGCCUCUGUGAGCCUCUUUUACUUUCAUGGUUUCUCUUCGAAUUCUCAGAAGAACUCAUGAACUCCAACAGAAGCUAUUGUCGCCUACUUCAAACCCCAUUUCUCUCUUCUACACCCUCUUCUCUCUCAGAGCACUCUCUUCCUACACUCACUAUGGUGACCCAUACUCCACAACUACCAUCGCCACCACCACCUCCACCUCCAGCUCUUCCCAAUCUCAGUCUCUUGUCAGAACAAUCUGUGCAUUGGUAUGUCAGUCCUAUUCCCCACAAACCCAUCUGAGAUCAUCACCUCCCAAGCUAAACGUCGACUUAAAUGCUGAUUCUUUGACCCAUGAACAGGCUAUUUCUGUUGUUGCUUCACUGGCUGAAGAGGCUGGUUCCAUGGUGGCCUUGAGUUUCUUCUAUUGGGCAAUUGGGUUUCCCAAGUUUCGGUAUUUUAUGCGGCUUUAUAUAUUUUGUGCAAUGUCGUUAUUUGGGAAUGGUAAUUUGGAGAGAGCCCAUGAAGUGGUUCAUUGCAUGGUGAGGAAUUUUGCUGAGAUUGAGAGGUUGAAGGAGGCUGCCGACAUGGUCUUUGAGAUGCAAAACCAAGGCCUUAUGUUGAGUACUCGGACGUUGAAUUGUGUUCUUGGAAUCGCCUGUGACUUGGGUUUGGUUGAGUAUGCAGAGAAUUUGUUUGAGGAAAUGUGCGUGAGAGGGGUGUCGCCUGAUUUUUUGAGCUAUAAGUCUAUGGUUGUUGGGUAUUGUAGGAACAGCAGAGUUUUGGAGGUGGAUAGGUGGUUGAGUAAGAUGCUUGAGAGAGGCUUUGUUUUGGAUAAUGCUACGUUUACUUUGAUUAUAAGUCUGUUUUGCGAAAAGGGUCUUGUAAGUCGAGCGUCUUGGUGCUUUGAUAAGAUGAUUCGGAUGGGUGUGAAGCCAAAUUUGAUUAAUUUCACAUCUUUGAUUCAUGGGUUGUGCCAGAGGGGCAGCAUUAAACAAGCAUUUGAAAUGUUGGAGGAAAUGGUUAGGAAAGGUUGGAAGCCUAAUGUGUAUACACAUACAGCUUUGAUUGAUGGGCUCUGCAAGAAAGGUUGGACUGAAAGGGCAUUCAGGCUGUUUCUUAAGCUUGUCCGGAGCGAUAAUUACAAGCCAAAUGUACAUACAUAUACUGCCAUGAUCCGUGGAUAUUGCGAAGAAGACAAAAUGAGCCGUGCAGAGAUGUUAUUGAGCAGAAUGCAAGAACAAGGAUUAGUUCCUAACACCAAUACGUAUACUACUCUCGUUUCUGGGCAUUGCAAAGCUGGGAAUUUUGAUAGAGCAUAUGAAUUGAUGGAUAUAAUGGGAAAAGAAGGAUUCGCUCCUAAUAUCUGUACAUACAAUGCAGUUUUUGACAGCCUCUGUAAAAAGGGGAGGGUUCAAGAGGCAUAUAAAUUGAUUAAGAAGGGCUUUCGCCGAGGAGUGGAAGCUGAUAGGGUCACGUUUACCAUUUUCAUAUCUGAG